ACGCAAAUAUUGCAAUUUGUACAACCGACUUUCAAACGAAAUGGCCCGUACCAAGCAAACCGCCCGUAAAUCUACCGGGGGAAAGGCUCCCCGUAAGCAGCUCGCCACCAAGGCAGCACGUAAAAGUGCUCCCGCCACCGGUGGAGUGAAGAAGCCUCAUCGUUACAGGCCCGGUACCGUCGCUCUCCGAGAGAUCCGUCGCUACCAGAAGUCGACUGAGCUUCUGAUCCGCAAGCUGCCCUUCCAGCGUCUGGUACGUGAGAUCGCUCAGGACUUCAAGACCGACCUGCGCUUCCAGAGCUCUGCCGUGAUGGCUCUUCAGGAGGCUAGCGAGGCUUACCUCGUUGGUCUGUUUGAGGACACCAACUUGUGCGCCAUCCACGCCAAGCGAGUCACCAUCAUGCCCAAGGACAUCCAGCUUGCCCGCCGCAUCCGUGGCGAGAGAGCGUAAACAUUUCCUCUCAGGAACACAACAAAACGGCUCUUUUAGGAGCCACCACAUGCAAAAAAGUCAAUAGCCCAUGCUCCCUUCCAUCAAAGACAGGGAUAUUGUUCUUCAUUAUUGUAAACUAAUAUACGUUCCUGUGUAUUCUUUACCCAACUAUUUUUUAGGCCGGAACUUUUAAUUUGAAACUAGUGCAAAGGCAUCAACGGAAACUAGAGGGUUUUCUAUCCUCUCAAGGGUAGUAAAAGCAAUUUGUUCAAUAAUUUUCGCCACAAGAAAGCUAAUCUUUAAAUCCUACUGUUUACCAAGAAACUGCGCGGGAAUAU